AUGCCAAACUGGCCGACCAAGUUCGUCCUAGAUGUCUACCCCUCCAGUGAGGCCGGACUGGUCGUGGGCGGCGGACGGAAGGCGGCCAACGGCGGGCGGUGUCCUUUGCGAAGGGAAGCGCGUCGAAUCCGGCUCUGGGCGUCUGUGGGAAGGGGCCGGGGAAAAUCAUCUUGUCCACGGACUGGUUCCGCUUUUCCCGUCUGCGGACUUAUGAGUUACGACUUGGGUUUGCACUACCUUUCGGAGGAGGAAGUCGAUUUCGACGGCCCACCGAUUGAGUUUGCGGACCAGCUGCCUUCCCCUGGACCGUUGAACAACGCGCCGGACUUGCUGCAGGCGUUUGCGAAGGACGGUGACGUCAUCGACGACGACUUGCUGCGGCGAGUAAUCGACGUUCCGGUCCUGGCCUUGGCAGCGCCGGAAGGGGAAGCGGCAACCGGAAGGAACGACGGCGGAGCGGCAGGCGACGUUUUCGUCGCAGACUCGGGUGAGAGGGCCUGUUGUUGCCACGUAGGAAAAGUUCUUCUUUUCAGUGGAGAGACUUUAAAGCCGGACGCGGCGGAAAUCUCACCAACUCUGAAGGAGUGA